UUGUCCACGACGAGGAUGGGAUUCGAACCCACGCGUGCAGAGCACAAUGGAUUAGCAGUCCAUCGCCUUAACCACUCGGCCACCUCGUCAGUUAAUACCUGUUUUACAGGAUACUGUUCCUCACCGCUAGUGUCGAACAUCAGACUAAAGAUGGUGGACUCCCAGUACUACCUCCCAAAUGACAUUGGUGUCUCUGCACUUGAAUGUGGGGAGGCCUUCCGCUUGCUCUCGCCUCAGGAGAAGAUGUAUGCCCACUACCUGUCACGUGCUGCCUGGUAUGGUGGUCUUGCUGUACUGCUGCAGACGUCACCAGAGUCUGUGGACAUUUUCGUCUUGCUGCAGAAAAUAUUCAGGAGGCAAGCACCUGCAGAGCUGGAGAAGGUUGCCACAGCAGCUGGACUCAGCUCUGAGGAUUACCAGGCCUUCUUGGUAUAUGCAGCAGGUCUGUACGCUAACAUGGGAAACUACAAGUCUUUUGGGGACACCAAGUUUAUCCCAAAUCUACCUAAGGACAAGUUCAAAGCUCUGGUGUGGGCUAGCCAGGCUUUUCAGGAGCAGUCCACGGAGAUGGAAGCUCUAUGGAACAGCUGCUCAUGUCUCCUAUACUCUCUGGAAGACAGACAGAAACAGCUGGGGCUGGGUGACAAGGGCAUAACCACCUACUUCUCAGGAAACUGCUGUUUGGAGGAUGCUGAGGUGGCUCAGAAGUUUCUGGAUUCCAAAAAACUGUCUGCAUACAACACCCGUCUUUUUAAGAAAGACAAUGGAGGGAAAGUCUGUUAUGAGGUACGCUUGGCCUCCGCUGUGCAGAAAGACUGUGCAGUCGAAGGAGAGUGCGAGUCAUGCUGCGGCAACUACAGCUUUGAAGACAAAGAAUUCAUUGUCAGGAGGGGAGACUAUGCUCCUCUGAUGGAGAAAGUCUGCAGUUACCUGCAACAAGCAGAGGUUUACGCUGCCAACGAAAAUCAGAAAAAGAUGAUCGAAGAGUACAGACGUAGCUUCACUCUUGGCUCAAUCGAAGCCCAUAAAGAGGGCUCGCGUUACUGGAUCAAGGACAAGGGACCAAUUGUUGAGAGUUACAUUGGUUUCAUAGAGAGCUACAGAGAUCCUUUUGGCUCUAGAGGAGAAUUUGAAGGUUUUGUUGCGGUGGUGAACAAGGCGAUGAGUGAACGCUUUGCUAAGUUGGUGAGCUCAGCAGAGGUCUUACUCCCUGAGCUGCCUUGGCCCAGGGAGUUUGAAAAGGACAAGUUCCUCAAGCCUGACUUUACCUCUUUGGAUGUUCUCACCUUCGCUGGCAGUGGAAUACCAGCUGGUAUCAACAUUCCCAACUACGAUGACAUCAGGCAGUCAGAGGGCUUUAAAAAUGUGUCACUCGGUAAUGUGCUGGCCGUAGCCUAUUCUACAAAAAAAGAAAAGCUUACCUUCCUAGAGGAGGCGGACAAGGACCUGUUUCUAAAGUGGAAAAGCCCAUCCUUUGAGGUGCAGGUUGGACUUCAUGAACUGUUGGGCCAUGGAAGUGGAAAGCUGUUUGUCGAGGACGAUAAGGGCAAGUUCAACUUUGAUCAAAGCAAGGUGAUUAACCCAGAAACUGGUGAACUGGUGUCCAGCUGGUAUCGGGGUAGUGAGACAUGGGACAGUAAAUUUUCCACCAUUGCUUCAUCUUACGAGGAAUGCCGCGCUGAAUGUGUUGGACUCUAUCUCUGUCUCAACAAGCAAGUGCUCAGUAUUUUUGGCCACGAGGGCCAGGAUGCCAUGGAUGUGGUUUACGUCAACUGGCUCAGUAUGGUCAGAGCUGGACUGCUGGGUUUGGAGUUUUACACACCUGAGAGCAAGAGCUGGAGACAGGCCCACAUGCAGGCUCGUUUUGUGAUCCUGCGUGUACUGCUGGAAGCUGGGGAGGGUCUGGUGGGCCUGGAAGAAGUGACUGGACAAGACGGAAAACCUGAUGCUCGAAUCACUGUGGACCGAAGCAAGAUUCCCACCGUGGGCAAAGACGCCAUCAACAGUUUCCUCCGUAAACUGCAGGUGUAUAAGGCAACAGCAGAUGUGGAGGGAGGACGAGCACUUUAUGACAAGUACUCUACAGUCAGUGACAGCGGUGCUCAUAAUUUCCUACGUCUCCGGGAGACAGUGCUGUUAAGGAAAGAAGCUCGCAAAAUGUUUGUCCAAGCAAACACCAGAGUCAAUGGAGACAAUGUUGAGCUGGUGGAAUAUGAAGGGAACGCAGCAGGUUUAAUUCGUUCCUUCACUGAGCGCUUCCAAGACGACGCAGACCAGCUGGAGGCUGACCUUCUGCAGCUAAAUCGAAGAGAUGCCCCCUGCUGGUGCUGAUGGACAUCUGCACCACAAGCUGUCUUUCAAGAUUAAAACUGCAGAUUUUCUCCUCUACAAAAUCCAAACUGAUGCCUAAGGUUAACACAUAAAACUGCACAAUGAUCCAAAAUGCACUAAGGAGACACUUCUGUGGAGACUAAAAUAAAGUUUUCAUCGGUGUCAAACCUUCACACACUGGCGACACAGCUGGUCUGUCUGUAAUAAGAUCAAAUGAUGAUAAAGGAUCAGAGGCAACUGGGAGGCAUAUUUUCAACAUUCAUUGGAGACCUGAGAAAAUCAGAAAAACAUUCUCCAGAUUAGUCCUAACAGUUUUUGGGUAUAAAUGUAAAGAAAGUGAAGGUCAUUUUCACUUUCAUUGGUGGAUUUUUUGUUUUUUUUUAAUUAUCCUGAUUUGUCUUUUCUUUGCUUACGGUGAUGCUUAGACUAAUUAAAUUUCACAGUAAACUUUGGGAGAAACCUUAAACUAUGUUUACCGCUUGGUCAUUUAUACAUUUCCAACAAUGGUGGUAAUUCAAGGAAUACGGUUUGACAAGUGACAAGCUGCUGUUGUUGAAUGACAAUAAAUACUUUGUCUUCUGUUCAAAUUGCCAGGAAGUAAAAAGUAAUCUCUUAUUACUUGACUGUUAAAAAAAAAAAAAAAAAAAAAUUCUGUUGCU